AUUUUUCGGAAUUUCCGGCAUUACUUGAAUGCAGCUCACUAGCUCGCUGGCUAGAUUAGCAUGGUGUUGCUAGCAAAAGCAUAAGGUCGCGGUUUUUACAAACAACCUGUUGAACUGACGACCUCUGUUACGGGGAAGAAACUGAUCUGGUUCACCUACUGGUGCAUAUGGACUUCAGUGAGCAUGUUUUAUCGGCAGGCAAAGCCGUUUUGGACAUGGUGGAGCGGGAAUGGCAACCCCUGUCAGAGAGUGAGCUGGAGCAUCGGCUGGACCAGGUGGUGGAAGAGAUCCUGGAAUCAGAUCUUGUAGCAAAACUCGUAACGCAACCCCCUCAUACUUUUUAUGUGCAGGUAUCGCAAAGUCAAGUAAAUAAGGGCCCCCAAAGUUUACAAACAAGCAUUACAAAAACAAACUCUCCCGAUGAGAAGACAAUGUCCCAAGAACCGCUUGAUAAUGUGGACAAUGCAGCAGUCAAGUACAUCUCAGACCUGCUUCAAAACUCUAAGUCCAGGACUCGGAUGGCCGGACGGGCACGUUUAUCUGUUUCCCACACUGUCCUGCUCUCUCUCACCCUGCUCUCUGAACGAGUCAGCUACCGUUCAGUGUCCCGUCGUUUCAAGUUAGAGAAAGGAAACAUCCACAGGAUUUUCUUCUCUUUCUGUGAGAGCAUCAACAUGUUAGAGGAGAAGCACAUCAGGUGGCCAGUUGGUAAAGAGGCUGAAGAGGCACUUUUUCCAAUUUCCAAUCUGCUUGGAAAAGAGGUGCAAGCUGUCCCUCAGGUCCUGGGAGUGUUGGGACACACACAGAUCCCGAUACGUCUGCUUGUAGGUAAAAAUGACUCUGCAGUACCUGAGGUGAAGAGGAUGAAGAGGGAGGCCAAACCUGACUCUUGGUUAAAUCUUGAGCUUGUAUGCAAUCGUAGUGGCCAUUUCCUACACUGUAGAAUCAGUAAAGGAUCAGAUUUGGAGAGAGGCAAGGCUUUGAGAGACAGACUUAAACUGCAGCCUGAACUGAUGCCAACAGACUCCUGCCUCAUAGCCAGAGCCAAUUACCCACUAACUGCACAGGUUUUAACCCCAUACACAAUAAGUUACGGACCAAAAGAUGAACUCUUCAACAAAACCUUGGAGCAACAUUUUCAGAUCUUCGAUCAGGCUGUUGCCAAGCUUAAAGCCCGAUUUCAAAGACUCAAGUAUCUGGAUAUUGGAAACUAUGAUCGAGCUAGAGCAGUUGUGCUGACUGCUUGUGUGUUACAUAACGUGUUUCUGAACAUGGGACAAGUGGUUCAAGGAGAGAUUGAGAAAGAAGAAGCCCUUUCCCAAAAAGGAGAGGAGGAAGACGAGGAGGGUGUACGUAGACGUGACACCAUUGCAGAUUUGCUGUUUAGAAAUGUUGAUUCAGAAAGCACAUGAUUUUUAUGUCUGUUGGCAAAUUUGUGGACAAUAAAGGUUUAUUUGAACAGAA